AUCAUUAGGUUAUGUUAUGCUCUUAUGUAGAGAUAUGUAACGCCAGGUUGAGCUUUUAUGAUCUCUGUCAUUCACAGGAGUUCAGUUUGGACUAACUGUGAAGACGUCACCCCCUCAUUCACAGGCUCAUUCAUGUGCCAACCAUGGGACACAUCAGCCUUGAUAAGAUCGUGGCUCUCCAGAGAAACCCUGCAAACACUAGAAACAUAUGCAUCCUUGCACAUGUUGAUCACGGUAAAACUACUCUGGCUGACUGCUUAGUGGCAAGCAACGGCAUCAUAUCAAGUCGACUGGCUGGAAAGUUAAGGUAUCUGGACAGCAGGGAGGAUGAACAGAUCAGAGGAAUCACCAUGAAGUCCAGUGCAAUCUCUCUUCACUUUGGAAAUGGGGAUCAGGACUACUUACUCAAUCUGAUCGACUCUCCUGGACACGUCGACUUCUCCUCAGAAGUUUCCACUGCUGUCCGGCUUUGUGAUGGUGCAAUUGUAGUUGUUGAUGCUGUGGAGGGCGUGUGUCCGCAGACCCAGGUUGUACUCCGUCAGGCGUGGCUGGAGAACAUCAAGCCUGUUCUGGUUAUCAAUAAGAUAGACCGACUCAUCAUGGAGCUGAAACUCACCUCUCAGGAAGCUUACGGCCACCUUCAGAAGAUCUUGGAACAGGUGAAUGCAGUGACAGGGACAUUGUUCACAUCCAGAGUGCUGGAGGAGCGGGCGGAGAAAGAGAAGGAUGAGGAGCAGAAAGAGAGCAAGCCGGUGAGUGGAGAUCAGCUGUAUGAUUGGAGCGCUGGGCUGGAGGAGGCUGACGACUCCCAUCUCUACUUUUCUCCUGACCAAGGCAACGUGGUCUUCGCCAGCGCAAUAGAUGGGUGGGGCUUCAGUGUCCAGCAGUUUGCACACAUCUACAGCCAGAGAAUGGGCAUUAAGGCAGAGGUGCUACUGAAAACCCUGUGGGGAGACUUCUACCUCAAUGCAAAAGCAAAGAAGAUUAUGAAAGGAGCUCAGGCCAAAGGAAAGAAGCCACUGUUUGUGCAGCUUGUGCUGGACAACAUUUGGAGUUUAUAUGAUGCAGUUGUGAUUACAAGAGACAAGCAGAAGGUGGAGAAGGUGAUGACGUCACUUGGAAUAAAGGUGAUGGCGAGGGACUCCAGUCACUCCGACCCCAAAGUACUGCUCUCUGCUAUCUGCGCCCAGUGGUUACCAGUUUCUCAGUCGGUCCUUGCAAUGGUGUGUGAGAAGCUUCCAAGCCCCCUGGACAUGGUGGCAGAGAGGGUGGAGAAACUGAUGAGUGUUGGUGCACGACAGUUUGAAUCCAUGCCCCAACAGACACAAGAACUCAAAAGAGCCUUUCUCCAGUGCUCCAGUGAGGAAACAGCUCCAGUCAUCGUCUUUGUGUCCAAGAUGUUUGCUGUGGACUCCAAGGCAUUGCCCAAGAACAGACAGAGGCCAUUGACUCAGGAGGAGAUUGCCCAUCGUAGGGAACUAGCAAGACAGAGACACGCUGACAGGAUGGAAAGUAAUCGGGUGUUAACAGAAAGCCAAACAGAACCUACCCACUCAGGGACGACCCCACGGGAAGGCCAACCUGUACAGCCCAGUCCAGCUCAGACAGAGAGUCUGAUGAUGCAAGACUCAAAGCCAGAGAGGGAAGAUGAGCAGAAGGAGACUUUUGUAGCGUUUGCUCGGGUCUACAGUGGAACAGUGAAGAAAGGACAGAAAGUGUUUGUACUUGGACCAAAGUAUGACCCUGCUCAGGGCCUGAGGAUGCUGCCUGAUGGUUGCACUGCUUCUGAAUGUGAGCUUGAGGUGCCUCAUCUGUCCUGUUGCUCAGUGGAAAGCCUCUACCUGCUGAUGGGCAGAGAGCUAGAGGAGCUGAAAGAGGUUCCUGCAGGAAAUGUCCUUGGUAUUGGAGGUUUGGAGGAGUGCGUCCUGAAGUCUGCUACCUUGUCAUCAUCCCCUGCCUGUCCACCUUUCACUCCACUCAACUUUGAGGCCACACCCAUCGUACGGGUCGCCAUUGAACCCAAGCAUCCCAGUGAGAUGCCAAAGCUGGUGCAUGGCAUGCGCUUGUUGAACCAAGCAGAUCCAUGUGUUGAGGUCCUGAUCCAGGAAACUGGAGAACACGUCCUGAUCACUGCUGGUGAGGUGCAUCUCCAGCGCUGCCUCGAUGACCUCAGGAAUAGGUUUGCACAGGUUGAGAUCAGCUCGUCCAAGCCUAUCAUUCCAUUCAGAGAGACAGUGGUCCGUCCCCCCAAAGUGGACAUGGUGAAUGAAGAUCUGGGCAAGCAGCAGAAAGUAGCAAUAAUUCACCAGGUCAAAGAGGAAGCCUCUCAGGGUCGCUUGUCUUCUGCCCUGCAUGUGGACACCAGUGGCCUCGUCACCUUGACAACUCCAAACAGACUGGCCACCAUCUGCAUCCGGGCGAUUCCCCUCCCUCAGGAAGUGACCUGUCUCCUGGAGAGUAGCACAGAGCUGAUUCGGACUCUGGAGCACAUAAACAUGACAUUGAGGGAGGGUAAAACUCUGGAGGUCAGUCUCAGGACCCUUGAAGCCAUCGCUGGACUCAAGGCCCAGCUGGAGAGCCUGCUGCAGGGGAGGAAGUGGAGGAAUGCUGUGGAGCGUAUCUGGGCCUUUGGGCCUCGCAGAUGUGGUCCCAACAUUCUGCUGAACAGUGUGGAGGGCUACCAGCGGCUCUCAGUUUGGCAGUGUCUGAAUAAAGGAGGCGAUGAUGCUGGCGGUCAAGCUGCUGUCAUACGAGACUACGAUAACAGCAUCAUCAGCGGUUUCCAGCUCGCAACUCUGUCAGGGCCAAUGUGUGAGGAGCCCCUUAUGGGAGUCUGCUUCUCUGUGGAGAGGUGGGACUUUCAGUCUCCACAGCAUCAGGACCCUCUACCCAUAAUCCAUGAAGCGCCAGCAGACACUACAGGAGAAGGAGGAAACGAGAAUUUAGUUCGGGCUGAGGGCACACCGACAGGGCCGAGCCAGGCGAGGAGCAGGCCUGAGGCUGCCUCUGCAGACUGCUACGGGCCUGUGUCCGGCCAGCUGAUCGCAGCCAUGAAGGAGGGUUGCCGUCAGGCGUUCCAGGCUCAACCACAGAGACUAAUGGCUGCAAUGUACACCUGUGAGAUUAUGGCCACAGCUGAGGUGCUCGGCCGAGUGUACGGUGUGUUGGGAAAGCGAGAGGGUCGCGUCCUCCAAGAAGAGAUGAAGGAGGGAACCGACAUGUUCAUCAUCAAGGCUGUGCUGCCCGUGGCCGAGAGCUUUGGAUUCGCUGAUGAGAUCCGCAAGAGAACCAGCGGACUGGCCAGUCCACAGCUGGUCUUCAGCCACUGGGAGGUGAUAGCCAGUGAUCCGUACUGGGUUCCCACCACCGAAGAAGAAUACCUGCACUUUGGAGAGAAAGCAGACUCCGCCAACCAGGCCCUCAAAUACAUGAACGCUGUCCGACGCCGCAAAGGCUUAUACGUGGAAGAAAAGAUAGUAGAGCAUGCAGAGAAGCAGAGAACACUCAGCAAGAACAAGUAGAGACGAACAGAUGUCUGAAACUAUUUUCAAUUCAACGGGUUAUUUUGUUUUUGUUUGCUUUUAAGACAACUAUAUGUUUAGGCAUAAAGAUAGCAUAUGUGGUAACUACUGGCCAAUCAAAUGGCCCCAUUGCAACUUAAAUAAUGAUCAAACGAGUGUGUUGGAAUUUGUAAAUGGAUAGAAUUUGUCAUUAUGCCAAAGACUUGAUAUUAUGUUUCUAUUAGAGAAUUAAAUUACAUAUUGUAUAUUAUUUGAACAACUUUAAAACAAUCAUAUCAAAAUAAUGACGGAAACGUCACAUUUCAAAUGAUGACUGAUUCAUUUGUUCCAGCUUUAAGCACAGUCAAAUUGUAUUGAGGAGCCGGUCCCAACAGAGCCUCAGCCUCUGGAGCAGGGAUGUGAUGAUGGCAGUCUGUGAUCUGCCUGCUUUUGCUCCACACAUUCAUUGUUUUUCUAGAGCCUGCUGAUGACCAAUACUUCUCAGAAUACAAACAGGAACCAGAACACUUUCAUGCUGGAAAUCCAGACCCCUGAGGAUGGACAAACCCAAAGUUCAAAUGAAGAAAAUUUGAAGUUUGAGGACCAAUACUUCACUUUGAAGUUUGUGUUGCAAUAACAAAAAGAAUUGUUGUGAAAAUGUUGUUUGACAACAAAUUCAGACUGAAAAGUGAACUGUUGAAAAUAAAGGACAUUGAUGGGAGUGUUCUCAUGAGCUGUAGAACUGAUAAGAGGAAAUAUGAAUGAAUGGUGAAGUGAACUGACCCCUGUUAAGAUGCUAGGUUUUAUUAAAUGAAAUAUGUAAAUCUGA